GGACAGAGCGACCUAGCCUUGGCUAGGUCUGGGGUGACACUGACGGGUUCCUGCUGCUUGCGGUCAGCAUGCAUCUCCAUCUGCUCGCGCUGUUGGCGCUGUGCGGGGCGGGCUGCGUGGUGGCAGGACCCAGCUACAGCCUGCGGGGGAGCUGGCUGGUGAGCAACAGGAACGGCUCCCUGAAGUUCCCGGGGACUGUCCCCGGCUGCGUGCACAGCGCCCUGUACCAGCGCGGGCUGAUCCAGGAUCCUUACUACAGAUUUAAUGACCUCAACUACAGAUGGGUUUCCUUAGAAAACUGGACUUACAGCACGGAAUUCAAACUCCCCUUUAAUGUCAGAGAAUGGCAGAAAGCUAAGCUGAUUUUUGAAGGAGUUGAUACAGUUGCAGAAAUCCUGUUCAAUAAUGUCAUUAUUGGGAAGACAGACAACAUGUUCACUGGCUAUAGUUUUGACAUCACCAAAGUGGUCAGAGACAGGAACUCCUUACAGCUGCGGUUCCAGUCGGCCGUGCACUAUGCUAAGCUUCAGAGCAAGGCUCACACUCGCUACCCGGUGCCCCCGGCCUGCCCCCCCAAGGAGCAGAAGGGUGAAUGCCACGUCAACUUUAUCCGAAAGGAGCAGUGCUCCUUCAGCUGGGACUGGGGCCCUUCCUUUCCCUCUCAAGGAAUCUGGAAAGACGUUAGAAUCGAAGCCUACAACAUCAGUCAUCUGGAUUACCUCACAUUUUUGCCAAUAUAUGAUAACACUUCUCAGGAGUGGACUGUUGAAAUCGAGGCUUCUUUUGACGUGGUCAGCUCAAAGCCGGUUGGUGGUCAGGUGACCGUAGCCAUCCCCCAACUGCAAACAUGGCAAACAUACAACAUUGAACUUCGACAGAGGCAAAGGACUGUUAAACUCCUUGUGAAAAUUAACAAGGAGAUUGCUGUGGAGCCCUGGUGGCCUCAUGGGCAUGGAAACCAGACUGGAUACAACAUGACAAUUCUCUUUGUGCUGGAUGGAGACUUAAAUAUUGAGAAAUCAGCCAAGGUUUAUUUCAGGACAGUGCAACUUAUAGAAGAGCCCAUUAACGGGUCUUUGGGCCUGAGUUUCUACUUCAAAAUUAAUGGACUUCCUAUAUUUCUGAAAGGCUCAAACUGGAUCCCAGCCGACUCAUUCCAAGAUAAAGUCACUCCUGAACUGUUGCGGCUCCUUUUGCAGUCUGUUGUGGAUGCCAACAUGAACACACUGCGCGUGUGGGGAGGAGGUGUUUAUGAGCAGGAUGAAUUCUAUGAACUCUGCAAUAAACUUGGAAUAAUGGUAUGGCAGGACUUCAUGUUUGCCUGUGCCCUUUAUCCAACUGAGCAGAGUUUCAUGAAGUCAGUGAGAGCCGAGGUUGUUUACCAGAUCAGGAGACUCAAGUCUCACCCCUCCAUCAUUAUCUGGAGUGGCAAUAAUGAGAAUGAAGUGGCACUGAGUAACAACUGGUUUCAUGUAAGUCCCAGUUACUUGAAAACCUACACUGAAGACUACGUGACCCUCUACGUGAAGAACAUCAGAGAGAUUGUCUUACAAGAAGACAAGAGCCGUCCUUUUAUUGCAUCCAGCCCUACCAAUGGGGUCCAAACCGUGGCAGAAGGCUGGGUCUCGGAAAACCCUUACAGCAACCAUUAUGGAGACGUCCAUUUUUAUGACUAUUUCAAUGACUGCUGGAAUUGGAAGGUCUUCCCCAAGGCUCGAUUAGUAUCCGAAUAUGGCUACCAAUCCUGGCCUUCCUUUAGCACUCUGGAAAAGGUCUCAUCUAAAGUGGACUGGUCUUACAGUAGCAGCUUUUCCCUUCACCGGCAGCAUCAUGCAAACGGUAACAACGACAUGUUGCAACAGGCUCAGCUUCAUUUCAUACUUCCCCAAAGGACAGAUCCCUUGCGCAAAUUUAAAGACACUAUCUACCUUACUCAGGUGAUGCAGGCCCAGUGUGUCAAAACAGAAACCGAAUUCUACAUGCGCAGCCGCAGCGAGAUAGUGUAUGGAGAGGGCCACACCAUGGGGGCACUCUAUUGGCAGCUGAAUGAUGUCUGGCAAGCUCCUUCCUGGUCCUCUCUUGAGUAUGGAGGAAAAUGGAAAAUGCUACAUUAUUUUGCUCGGCGAUUCUUCGCUCCACUCUUACCAGUAGGUUUUGAAGAUAGAGGUGUGUUUUAUGUCUAUGGCGUGUCAGAUCUUCACAGAGACUACAACACAAGGCUCACUGUGAGGCUCUAUACCUGGAGUUCGCUGAAGCCUUUGUGCUCUCUUGUGACUGCAAGAACUGUGAUUAAAGCAGGGGCAGCGACGAUUCUCUACAAGGAGCCAGUGCCUAAGCUGCUGAAGAGAUGUAAGGGAUGUAUGAGGGAGACCUGUGUGAUUUCCUUCCAACUUUCAACUGACAGUGACCUCUUCAGCCCAACCAACCACCAUUUCCUGUCUUCCCUGAAGAAUGCCAGAGGGCUGGCCAAGGCCAACAUCACUGUCAACAUCUCUCAGAAGGGUGGUUUGUUUGUUUUUUAUCUGAAGACUUCUGCCAUCGCUCCUUUUGUGUGGUUGGAUGUAGGAAGCAUCCCAGGGAGAUUUAGUGAUAAUGGCUUCCUCAUGACGAAGAAGACGCAUUCUGUACUGUUUUAUCCUUGGAAGCUCACCAGCAAGAGUGAGCUGCGGCAGGCUCUCAGUGUGACCUCCCUGACAGACAUCUACUGAAGGGACAUGUGUGGGUUGUAUUUCAGCUGACACUGGGAAUGAAGCCUUUCUAAAGCAUGGCUGGAGAGAGAGUCAGCCUGAGGUAAAGUGAAGAGGCCACGGCACAUCUGCCAGCUGGUGUGCGCUAACCGUCUGCUCGUCCAGUUUUACAGCGAAUGCUUUCAAAGAUGGCUGAUCACCCAGGUGAUGCUCUUAGACAAGGUCAUUCCCAGGUGUUCUUGAAUCUUUCAGGAUUGUGUUUUUUGAGCUUUGUCCCACAGCUAAAGUGCGACCAGAAAGAAGAGUUACAAACCUGAUGAUCUUUUGGGGAGCCGCUGCAUUGUGACAUUGCCUUGUCACAAUAUGUGCGGAACUAAAUGUGGAGGUUGUCAAUAAUGCAGGCCUUUCAUAGUUGUGUGGAACCCUACCCACUGAAGACACAGUGUGCCUGUCAUUGCCAGAGGACAUGGGAGCUCAGAUGCGACAAUAGAGAUUGCUUGAUGGCAGCCAUUUUGAUUGCUCUUAGUUGACAGUGGAGGGACUUGAUGACUGUCAUUUGAUCACCAUCUUGACAUAGGAUCCCUUUUUUUUUUUCAUCUGGUUUGUUCUUAAAAGACCAUGGGAGUGAUCUUUCUUUAAAAAGACAUUCCUAUAGUCCCAGCACUCUGGAGGCAGAGGCUGGAGGCUUACAAGGUCAAGGCUGGCCCUGACUACACUGUAGAAUUUUUCUGCUAUCUUGGCCCUAAGGUUUCAUGUGAGCAUUAGGCUUCACUCUGAUUCUGAUGAGCUUCCUAAUCCAAAGGUAUGAGCUGCAUUUAAACUCGUCGGCUCUGGGGUGGAAGUAGUAAAAGAUGGUAAUAAGUAACUAAUUUGGGUACAGGUUUGUGGACUUUUUUAUACUACUUUUGUACUUUUUCUGUAUGUUUAAAAUUAUAUAAAAAGCCGUAGGCUACACAAAUUGCAUUGACAACUUGAUAGUUCAUCUGCUUCACUAUUUAAUAAACAUUCUGUGUUGUGCAA